UGCGCCUGGCUCUGUCAGCCCGGCUCAUACUAUGGUGGAGUUUCCAUCUCUCAGCCCUUACUGGCCUCUCCUCCGGUUCCUGGUGCCUCUAGCUAUCACCAAUGUUGCCAUCGACCUCGGGGAACAGGCGCUCAACAGGGGCAUAGCCAGGGUCAAAGAGGAUACGGUGGAAAUGCUGGCCAGCUAUGGCUUGGCUUACUCCCUGAUGAAGUUUUUCACUGGCCCCAUGAGCGACUUUAAGAACGUGGGCUUGGUGUUUGUCAACAGCAAGCGGGACCGGAGGAAGGCCGUGCUCUGCAUGCUGGUGGCCGGGGUGGUCGCCUUCGUCCUCCACAUCUUGAUAGCUUACACAGAUUUAGGAUACUACAUCAUUAAUGAGCUCCACCAAGUGGAUGAAUCUGUUGGGUUAAAGACGAGGAAGGCGUUCCUUUACCUGGCUGCGUUUCCUUUGCUGGAUGCUAUGGCAUGGAUCCAUGCAGGGAUACUUCUCAAGCACAAGUACAGCGUCAUCGUCGGCUCUGCUUCCAUCUCCGACGUCGUGGUCCAGAUUGUGUUUGUGUCCAUUUUCCUGCACAGUAAUGUGGAAUGUGUGGAGCCUCUACUCAUCCCGAUCCUUUCGCUCUAUAUGGGCUCCUUGGUUCGGUUCACCAUUGUCGGAAUCGGUUACUACUGCAACAUCCACGACAACAUCCCAGACUCCAGUGGACUCGAUGUGGGGGGCGACGCCACCAUCAAAAAGAUGCUGAGUUUCUGGUGGCCUUUGGCUCUCAUCUUGGCCACUCAGCGCAUCAGUCGACCCAUCGUCAACCUGUUUGUGUCCCGCGACCUGAAGGGGACAACAGCUGCAACAGAGGCCGUCGCCGUGCUCACAGCCACAUAUCCUGUCGGCCACAUGCCCUACGGCUGGUUAACUGAACUCAGAGCAGUUUAUCCUGCGUUUGACAAGAACAAUCCCAGCAACAAGAUGAAUGUGGGCUGCCCCGUCAACAAGUCGCACAUUAAAAAGUUCACAUUCGCCUGCCUGCUUCUGGCACUGACGAUGUGCUUCAUUUUGUUCUGGACUCCCAACGUGUCGGAGAAGAUUCUGGUCAGUGUAAUUGGGGUGGAGUACGCGUUUGCUCAGCUGUGUGUGGUCCCGCUCAAGAUAUUUUCCUUCUUUGCGUUGCCAGUCAUUGUUCGGGCUCAUUUGACGGGAUGGCUGAUGACCCUGAAAAAGACCUUUGUGCUGGCGCCCAGCUCAGUUCUCCGUAUCGUUGUCCUCAUUAUCAGUCUGGUUGUGCUGCCUUAUAUGGGGGUUCAUGGGGCCACACUUGGAGUUGGAUCCCUCCUAGCUGGCUUCGUCGGGGAGUCGACGAUGGUUGCCAUAGCGGGCUGCUAUGUUUAUCGACGGCAGAAAAACGAGAUGUCCAACGAGUUGGUGGUGGAGUGCGAGGACUCCGCCCCGAUAAGCGAGGCAUACUCCAGGAACCAGAUGGACGCCAUCGAGGAGCAACAGGAGGAGAAGCAGGAGUGAGCUGCGAGGAGUUCGGUUUGGCGCCAGAUGUUUUAUUAAAAUGCACACUGUACAGAAAGCCAUGCACCUCUGAUUGUUCAUCAAUCGAUGUAAAUAUUCUUCAGAUCAUGUGUUUACUGGUGAACAAGAGAAAAAACAUCCUCAGCAGCAAAUGACCAAUUGAGUGGUAGAGCUGCUGAAAUCCAGAGGUAAUUUCAUUACUGUAUUCAAGAUUAAGCAGUAAGAUCUUUUGGACUCAAAACACACGAGAAGUGAAACUUGUUGGGUUGUGCAAUCGUAUUUGACAUACAAUGUACAGAUUCUUGUUGUGUAUAUUUAAAUGCACGUAGGGGUUGGGAACCCCUCGUCAUAUCACUGCGUGUUAAGUACAGUCAUGGUUAAUUCAAUGCAGUUUGAAGGUCUGAGCUACUUUUUGUUUUGCCAAGCAUUUUCCUCCAGUAGUAUUCAGACUGUCGUAUGUACUGUAUAUACUGU